GUUUUGGUUCCGUUUUGAGGUUACACCAUUUAUAUUACAACUUAUUCAUCUUAGAUAUUUCCUUUUCGGGCACUUCCUUACCACGGGAUAACCGAUUUUUAUUUAUUCCGCUCGCUUAGUUGAAUUUAUAAUCCCUCUUUUACUGAUUAUCACCACCAAAUUUCGUAUCAAUAGUUUUAAGAGACUGAGAGUUUGGUAGCUGUCCUCCUAUUGCCUAGUAGAAGUUUGCCUACGUUCGAUGUUGUUCAGCUAUGUUCACUGCAUGGAGGAGAUUCUCAACGAAAAUGAAGCUUGUUCCUCAUUUUGACCCGGAGUUAGUUAAGAAAUUUAAAGAUGAGACUAUGCACCCUAGACGUCAUCCAGGGCGAGUAUUAACUCCAGCUUACAAAGUCCCGGAAAAAAUAUAUGAGUCCAUUAAAAAGGUCUUGGAAGAUGAGUCCAUUGCUUGUUUAAGGAAUGAUGCAAUCAUUUUAACUAAUUAUCUCCAAGAAAGGCUGAGACCUGUUGAGCAGGAAGAAGUUGCCCAGAAAGCUCAACUUAUGAAGGAUAGAGUUGCAGAAAAGUAUAAUAUUUCAAAUGCCAAAAAGUUGAGUCCAAAAGUGAUUGACAAGGCAAAGAAGGAAGUAGUUAAAUCCCUCCUGAGACAUACAUACAUUUGGACCGCAAUGGACUUCUCGGGUUAUUUGUGCUAUACAUAUCUUGUAGGAAGAUCAGCGGCUGAAUACGCAAUUGUAAGCACUAUAUUUGCUGAAAUCAACAAAAGGGACCCUUCAUUCCAGCCUAAAUCAGUUUUUGACUUCGGAUCUGGAGUUGGCACCGUAAUUUGGGCCUCCCACGGUGUGUGGGAAGAUUCAAUCGAGGAAUACUAUUGCGUGGACUCAUCAAGCAAGAUGCAGGAUAUCUCCAGACAAAUCUUAGCGCUAGAGCAACCAAAAAAAAGGCUUGUCAAGGCUCAAGUUUAUUUUCGACAAUUUUUACCUAUUUCAUCACAGCGUAAAUACAACAUUGUUGUGAGUGCUUUCUCUUUACUAGAAUUACCAGAUGCCAAAUCGCGGCUAGAAACACUUAGUAAUUUAUGGGACAAAACACAGGAUUAUUUGGUUUUGGUUGAACUUGGUACCCAUGGAGGUUUUCAGGUUAUCAAUGAAGCCAGAGACUUUCUACUUGGUUUGUUUUCAAAAGGCCGCAAACAUUCCUUCGAUUCGCACGUUUUCGCCCCUUGCCCUCAUGACAUGAAGUGCCCAAAAAUGUCCAGAAAUGAAAAAUGUUUUUUUGAAAAGGCUUUCAUCCAAAACCCAUUUGACAAUAAAGAACGUCGAGCGAAAGAAACAUAUUCGUAUGUAGUACUGAAGAAAGGAAAACGCGAGCCCGAUGAUCCUCAAUGGCCUCGUAUUCUUGAGCCAGUUCUAGUUCGAACUGAGCACUCGCACUGUAGAAUAUGCACUGCUCAUGGCACAUAUGAGGAUAUUUGUUUUUCGAAAUCCAGACAUGAAAAGUUGCCGUAUUGGAGUGUAAGAAUGUCAGAAUGGGGUGACAGGCUACCAAUAACUGAUUUCUCAAAAGUACCUACUCUCUCAAAUGAACCCCCAGAACUCAUCCCGAAGCCCCAUAUUCAGAAUGCACAGCCAAGCGAAAAUGCUGAUAAAUCUCAAACUCAGGAAGUAUUGGAUUUUAGAGAGGAUGGUAGUAAGGAACAGAAGGACAACAAUACGUGAUUUUUGCUGUUCCACCAUCGGCUGAAGAAAAUUUUCAUCUCGGGGAUGUGUUGGCAUUGUUAUUUUGAUUUCUGUCACCCGGCCUUUCCCUUCAAAGAUUCAUCGCAUUUAAGCUUCCUGCUGCCAAUGCACAGUGGUUUCCAAAUUCGUUCUCAGAAUAGACUGACCUGUGUGUAUUGGUCUUGGUUCGCAGAGAUGGAGGCAAUUUGGAACUGUAAAUUCUGGCUCUUCUGGAAAAACACUUAUGUGCAUAGGGAAACUAAUGGCACAUACGUUGUUUUUAAACCGGACUAGAAUUUAUAGUUUCAAAAUGCAAAAUGUUAAAUAGUUGCAUUUGUUCUAGUGAAGCAAGGUGAGAAAGGCGGCCACUGAGUCAGGAAGAAUAGUUUGAAAGAGACUAUCACUGAUGAUUUCAUGAAUGAGAGCUCUCAGCAAAAGCACACAAUUGAAAGUGCUUCUCAUAGUGAUUAUUAAGCAUUGUCUGUAUUGGGAUCUGUUCGGCAAAGGGAUUUUUCACGAAUAAAUUUUGCUAAGUUAGGAACCCUUUCAGUAGACUAGAACCACCUUUCAUUAACCUCCUAACAAGAAUUUGUUUUACCUCCUAUUAAUGUUUAAGGCGGAAAUGGCGCUCACGUUAUUGUCUUACCACCGUUAUGUCAAGAAAGUCUUUAAAAUUUUAAAUUAAAAAUUUUUACCUUCAAAA